AUGAACGGUCGCUCUCAGAGUCCAACCGAUUCGCAGAACUCUUCGCCAACCCUGUCGAGACGGGAGAAAAGAAAAUUAGAACCAAGUAAUGGUCGGAGAAAAGCAGAGAACAGCGACAAACAUGCUACUUUCAACGCUGCCGGUACAAUACCGCGAGACGCUAUUGUUCGCAUCACCAAUCUCGUUCAAUUUUUAGGAUCUUACAACGAUGACGUUGAUAAGAUUGAACAUGCACUGGAUCGUCUUAUGGAAAAAGAUGAAAAAAUCAAAUCCCUUUCUUCUGCGAUCCAGGAACUGAAACACUCUAACAACGAAGAACUUCAAGGAUUGAAGGAAGAGAUCGAAGAAAAUUCAAAUCGCUUGAUUGAACUGGAGCAACGGGAGCUUACUAUGAUUGAUAAUCAACAGAGGUUUGAGGCUGAAAAAAAACAAGAAAAAGAACGGCGCAAGCAAUUCGACAAAGAACAGCAGACGAAGUACGAAAGGAAGCUCGACGCAGAGAAGGACAGACUCAGCCAAGUCAAUGCUCUCCGCACAGAAAAGGCCCAGGUUGAGAAGACUCUAGGACUAUACGUCAAAAACGUCACGGAGUUGGAAUCGCAGCUGAAGGAGUCUGAAUCGAGACAUCCCAUCCAGAGCCUAUCUACUGAACACUACGAGAACGCAUUCUCAAAUUUACGUGAAAAGAUAAGAGCUAUCACACAGACUUACUUGUGUAACUUGCCGCCAGAAAAUGAACUGGACAUCGAUGAGGUUCAAAAGGAGUUCACGAAGCUACAAAGCAUCUUUGGAACAAUCUCUUUGUCCGCGUCCGUGGCAUCCAGGUUUCUUCGUGUUCGCGGUGCGCAAUGUAUAAUCGUCGAAGCAAUUUGCAGCUGCUUUUGGCAGCCUUUCUACGUCACUGCUAGAAGUCUCACAUCCGAGGCAGUAGCUCCACUGUCCCAAAUAUCCAACAAGUUAUUUGAGGAGGACCGUUAUAAAGAAAGUCUUUGGCGAAACCUCACCUUUAAGGGUCUUGAUAUGCCAACUUCCUCACAAGAUCGCUGCCAAGUCCGCCCGGAAGUCAAGAGAAUUGCCGAGAUUCUUCAACGGCUAAUACCGAAACAAAAACACAAAGAUUUCGAGAUAGACCUUGAAGAGCUUCUUCUUGAGUCUAUUAGGAUCUGGGAUGAGCUGAAAAGAGACAGCUGCGUGGUUGCGUUCGAUCUUCAGCCGCCCUCAGUCUGGAGUCCGGGCUGGAAAGCAGAAGAUUGCCCGGAUCUUGGACUAGCUGAUGUGGAAGCAAACUCCGAGCCGGGAAAUAUAUCUAAGAUGAAACCCUGGUGUCUCUUCCCGAGAGUUAUAUUUCACACAAUUGAUGGAAGAAAGAAAUUUUUCCCAGGGAAUGCAAUCUUCGCUAAUUCUCCAGCUUUCCAUGAAAAUUGCGCCGAGAUCCAACGUCAGGAAGAAGAGAUUGCCCAAAUCAAAAAGAAUUUUGUGAGAAGACCCACAAUCUCUAGAGGAACUCGUGGAUUGGCGACUGAGUAA